AUGUCGGCCACCAGCUCCAACUCACAAACCACCAAACCAGAGGCGCAGUCCUCCAAACUCACCGAAGAGAACAAGUCGGCGCUUCCAUCUCUCGGCGCCCUCGACGAGGAUGACGAGUUCGAAGAGUUCGAUGAGCAGGACUGGAAUGACGCAGAGACAGACCUUUCACAUUUGACGUCAGGCACAUCCAACGCACCCGGCGCUGGUGUUGGUCUCACCAUGGGCGCCUCUUCCGCCAGCACGGGCGACCACCUCUGGCAAGACUCGUGGGACGACGACACCGUCGAGGACGACUUUAGCAAAGCGCUCAGGGCGGAACUCGAUAAGCAGAGCAACGCGCCACAAGCCAUGUCAACCUGA